AUGAUAAAGGAAAGACCUGCAGUUGUCCUUAUAAGUAGAGUUGGAUCUGGAAAAACAACACUUUUCAAUAAAAUUUGUCGAGAAGCCCAAUUGACCUAUGCAGGGGGGGUUUCUUGUACAAGAAAUUUAUUUUAAACAUCUUCUAGUUAUGGUAUGGGUUUUUAUAUAAUGGAUACGCCUGGUUUUGGUAGUGAUAAAGCAGUAAUUGUACAUAUGGGUGGUAUAUUUGCUGCUAUAACAGGGAAACCAUUAAAUAAUAUACUGAUUUUAACAAAAUAUGAUAGGCUUUGCAAUAUGAGAAAGGACAUAGCAGAAAGUAUUAAAUUAUUAAGUAGAUAUCGUGAGAUGAUAACUGUAGUGGUAACUCAUUGGGAUAAUGCUGAAAAUGAUUCCUAAAAAAAAUAGACUUAAAAGCUUGAAGAAGAGAAAAAAAAUAUUGUUAAAGAAGUAAUUACACCUUUAUGUCUCUAAAAUGUUAUUUUUUCUGGAUCGAAUACAUCAGGUGAAUAAAUUUGUAAAGAAAUUGAUUAAAUUUUGAUAAAAACAAUUAAGAAAAAAAUUCUAUUAACUAAAACAGAGUUCGAAAACUAAUUUGCUGAGUUUAUUACUUUAGACUAGAAUGUUGAAAUAAAUACUUUAGAUCUUGAAUCAGAAUUUCAGGCUAAAUGUAACGCAGCAAUUAAUUUUAUUAAUUAAUAGAGAGAUAAAACAAGUGAUACUGCUGAAUUAAUGCAUGAAUUAAUUUUAGCAAUGAAAGAAGAAGCUAAUGCAACAGUUGAAGAAUUUGAAAAAAGACAUGGUUAUGAUUGUUUUAAAUUACUUGAAUAAUGUGGUAAUUAUGAAACAGCUUAUUUAACACAUACUAAAUUAAAAUCUAAGAUUUUGACAUAUUUAAAUGAUGUUAUAAAUAGGGCUUAAAAUAAAAUGACUGAUUAUCCAGCACAUAUUUAUAAUUACAUAAAAUAAUGUCCACAUUGUUAAUUAAUAUGGUUAAAAGUAUCUGGAUGUGGAGGAUAAACUACAUGUGGAGCCUUUCCAGAUUCAGACAAUGAAUAAUUUAAGCCAGCUGCAAAAAAGUUUAAAAUAAAUAUUUCUAAAUCACAGAUAGAAAUUAUUAAAUUAAAUAAUAAUGCUUAAGCAAACUAAAAAUAGUUUACAAAUUAAUAAAAAUCAUUGAAAGGUUGUGGAGCCACAUUAAUAUGGGAUAGUUUACCAAUUUUAUCAGGAUAAAUCUUAAAUGAGCUUAAGAAUGCAGGUGUUUUAGAUUUUUUUAGUAUGAAAAAAAAUGGAUAAGAAACUCAAUAAAAAGCUUAGGAUAUGUUUUGGGAUAAAAUAUAAUAUGAAGCCUAAUUGUAGAUUGAUAGAAUAGAUAACGUUCCGAUUACUAGACCUGAUUAGGAUACAUGUUCAACAAAAAUCAUAACAAAAAUUAUCUAUCGUAAUCAAGAUGGGACUUGCUAUAACCCUAACCAAGACUUAAGUUAAAUAGAUUAGAUCAACAAUGGUUAAUAAAUAAUUUUAUAAUUUAAUAAUGAUGAACGUAAGAAAAACUAAAAUUAAAAAAAGAGUUGUGGUGGAUGCAUUAUUAGUUGA